AUGGCUUGGUUUACUCUAACUUCGUUGAUGCGAACGCUAGAGCUUGAGUUCCUACCACCCAAUCCGCGCCUUGUUUUUGACAGCACAGAAGCUGUGGAACAACUCCAUGGAAUGCUUGCUCAGUUGGUAGCAUUUCUUGAGGAAUCUGAGAAUCAAUUCAGCGCCGAUAACGAUGAGACGAUGGAAGAUUGGAAACUGAGAGUUAAAGAUGCUGCUCUAAGAGUAGAAGAUGAAAUUGAAUCACAAGUGAUUGAUAUAUGCGGCGGAGAAGAACACACAUCAAGAACUCCUCCCCCUCUAGUUCAAAGACUUGUCAGGUCUUUUCAACGGGUUUCAGGGCUUGAUAAAUGGCUUCUAGCUCAGAAAUUCCAUAAACCCUUGCGAAAUGCGAUUGAAGCCAUGGGAGAGUUGAUGGAGUUUAUGAAGAAGAGCAAACAGUCGAUGAAUGAUUUCAUUAUUCCUUCACCUAGGGAAAGGAUUAUUGAUGGUGGUGGUUCAUCCUCCAUUAAUUGUCUUCAAAACACAAAAAUGGUAGGGCACGUUGAUGAAUUGGAUGAGAUGAAGAAGCUCCUCCUUCAAGAGAGCUUUAAACGAAGACAGGUCGUGCCGAUAGUUGGCAUGGGAGGCAUUGGUAAGACAACUUUCGCCAGGAGAUUGUUCCAAGACCCAUUAAUCUCAUCCCAUUUCGACAUCGCUGCUUGGACCACCGUGUCUUCACGUUACGGGAUGCGAAGAACGCUUCUCGAGCUUUUGUCUUCCAUUAUGCCAAUCACCGAUGAAAUCAACGCUAAAACCAGCGAAGAACUAGCAGCCCAAUUGCGCAAAUGCCUAAUGGGUCGUAGAAGGUAUCUCAUUGUUCUAGAUGACGUAUGGAGCACUAGUUCUUGGGACGAAAUCCAACGUUGUUUCCCAGAUAACAACGAUGGAAGUCGAAUAUUGUUGACCUGUCGACAUCACGAAGUAGCUAGCUACACAAGCUCCCACAACAAUUCCUUCCUAAACAUGCGAUUCCUCACUUCGGAUGAAAGUUGGCAAUUAUUUCAGCAGAGAGUUCUCAACAAUGGAAGAUUAUUCCCUGAAAAUCUUGAAAGCACUUGGAGACACAUUGUUGAUUACUGCCAAGGAUUGCCAUUUGCAAUUGCCUUGAUUGCUGGACUUGUACAAACAACUGACGAGUCGUUUUGGGAAUCCAAGGUUCUUGAGGGGACAUUAUAUGCAUUGGUGUCUUAUGAUCUUGCUGAAGGUAUAUCAAAGAUUCUUGGUUUGAGUUAUAACCACUUACCUAAUUUCUUGAAAGCUUGCUUUUUAUAUUUAGGAGUUUUUCCGGAGAACAGUGUAAUCCAUGUGAAAGGGCUUAUUAGGUUAUGGAUCGCGGAGGGGUUUGUAAGGGUAGAAAGUAGUCAGAGGAGCUUAGAGGAAGUUGGGGAGGAUUUUUUAAAAGAUCUUGUGUCUAGGAGCUUAGUUAUGAUUAACAGCAUUAGUUUAGAUGGCAAGAUUAAGACGUGUAAGGUUCAUGAUAUCGUACAUGACUUUUGUAGGGAAAAAGCAAUAAAGGAGAACUUCUUAUACGUCAAAAACAGAUACAACACUGGAUAUGUAGGUUCUUAUCGUUGGACAUGUUUCGAAACAAUGUACCCUAAAUUUACUGUGCCUGAUACCUUCAAUAGGUCCCGUUCCCUUUUUAGCUUUUAUGACGAUGGUCACAUGACUCGGGGCCAUCAAAUGUUUGCGAAUAAUUUCAAGAUGCUGAGAGUACUAAACUUAAGUUCUUUCAGCUUCAUGAAGGAUAUUCCGUUACAUAUUGUGGAUCUGGUUCUUCUGAGAUACCUAGUUCUGCGCCCAUUCAAGUCUCUUAGAACCCUACCCGUGUCGAAGAAUUGGAAUCUACAAACUCUUGUGCUUCUAGCAAGUAAAAAAAACACUGCAAAUGAGGUGGGAAGUUCGUUGAUAUCUGAAAUGUGGGACUUGCCAAAGUUGAGACAUGUCCAAGUUUGCAAAACAUUUGUGUUAGAUGCUCCGAGAAUGGUUCAACAAUCCCUGCAAACAAUUUAUUGGUUACACUCUUUCCAAUGCACAGAGCAAGUGUUUUCUAGGUUUCCCAAUGCAAAGGUGAUGGGGAUUUUCAUGGAAUCACUACACCCCAAUUGUUUGGAUAAUCUUAGGUUUUUAGUUAACCUUGAGAGUCUAAAGAUCAAAAGCCAACAUCAUAGUCCUGUUUUGCUUCCUAGUCUUGAAGCUUUCCCAAUCCAUCUCAAAAAGUUGAAAUUCAAGGGAACUUUACUACCAUGGAAUGCUAUGACAGAUGUUGUGGGUAUGUUGCCCAAUCUCCAAGUGUUGAAGCUUAAGGAUGGGGCUUGCCAAGGACAAGAGUGGGCACUAACUGGAGCCCAGUUUCAUGGAUUAAAAUCAUUGCUCAUUUAUGGAACAGAUUUGAUGCAUUGGACAACCACUAGUGAUGAUUUUCCUGUACUUGAACGGUUAAUACUCAAUGGAUGUUAUGACUUGAAAGCAAUCCCUUGUGGUUUUGGAGGUGUUGCCAGUCUGCAAUUGAUUGAAUUGUGUCAUUGUUAUUCUUCACUGGUCAAUUGUGCCAAACAAAUUGAAGAGGAGCAAAGAGAUUAUGGAAAUGAUGUUCUUGUUGUUCGCAACUAUAGUACUCGGGGGACUGUUGAAGAUGAAAACAAGAGUGAAGAGCUAGAAUGA